AUGAUGAAGCUUCUUGUGCUCAUCGUUCUCGCAAUUACUGUCUUUGGGCUGCCACCGGACGGUAACAUGCCUGACAUUCCCGGAGUAAGCACUGAGAGCAUGGCGAAACUUCGUCAAAUGCUGAAUCCUCGCCCAGCCAACCACGAAGCAUUCAAACAGGUGAUAGAAAAAUGGAAGAGCACUCUCUCGGAUACGGAGAAGGCAGCAGCCAAUGCACAUGAGGAGCAAAUGAAAAAACACAAAGGGCCACCGGGGAAACAAACUUCUUAA